GGCGGCGGACGCACGGCCUCCGGGCCCGUCUUUCUGAAGGGGAUGAGAGUGGUGUCGCUUAUCCUAUGACGCGAAAUAACCACGACUUUAAGCAUCAGGAGACGGAAGGGACUGAAGGACGCCGUCGCUGACGCUCUAUUUUUAGAAUUGAAUCGAAAAUGGAAACUGAUAAUGAGAAUCAAAAGAGUAUAGAAGAGGAAAGCACUGACAAGAAAAAAGAUGUAGAAAAAAAGAAAAGGUCUAGAGUUAAACAGGUACUUGCAGACAUCGCUAAGCAAGUAGACUUCUGGUUUGGGGAUGCAAAUCUCCACAAAGAUAAAUUCCUUCGUGAACAGAUAGAAAAAUCAAGAGAUGGAUAUGUAGAUAUUUCACUUCUCCUGUCUUUUAACAAAAUGAAAAAAUUGACCACUGAUGGGAAGUUAAUAGCCAGAGCAUUGAAAAGUUCAGCAAUUGUGGAGCUGGAUUUAGAAGGCACCAGAAUCAGGAGAAAAAAACCUCUGGGUGAAAGACCAAAAGAUGAAGAUGAGCGGACUGUGUACGUGGAAUUACUCCCCAAAAAUGUUAAUCACAGCUGGAUUGAAAGAGUAUUUGGGAAAUGUGGCAAUGUUGUUUAUGUAAGUAUACCACAUUAUAAAUCUACUGGAGAUCCAAAAGGAUUUGCUUUUGUGGAAUUUGAAACCAAAGAACAAGCAGCAAAAGCUAUUGAGUUUCUUAACAACCCACCAGAAGAAGCACCAAGAAAACCUGGCAUUUUUCCAAAAACAGUCAAAGACAAGCCCAUUCCAGCCCUACAAGUAGCUGAAGAAAAGAAAAAGAAAAAGAAGAAGAAAGGACGCGUGAAGAAGGAAGAUAAUGUAGAGACCCAAGAGUUAACAAUGGACACAAGCAAUGAGAGCAAAGUGAAAACCUCGAGGGCUACAUCUGAGGGCUCUGAAGCAGAUGCUGAACCCCAAAAGCAGCCCUCAAAGAAAAAGAAAAAACGGGAAAGGGUUGAAAUGUCCAACUUACCUGAAGUCAGAACAGAGAAGAGGAAGAGAAGUAGCUCUGAAGACACAGAAAGCCUGGCUCCCAAGUCAAAAGUAAAGAAAAUGGCCCAGAAAGAUAGCAUUAAAAAUGAAGCAUCAGAGGUUUCCAAAGAAAACAGAGAUUUAGGAUUCUCCACAGAAGAAGAAAAGGAUACCGGGGAUAUUAAAGAUGCUUCUCUCUUAAAAACGAAAAGGAAACAUAAGAAAAAACACAAAGAGAGACACAAAAUGGGAGAAGAGGUUAUACCAUUGAGAGUACUAUCAAAGAACGAAUGGAUGGAUUUAAAAAAAGAAUAUUUGGCACUGCAAAAAGCCAGCAUGGCUUCUUUAAAAAAGACAAUAUCCCAAAUAAAAUCGGGGUCAGAAAUGGAAACAGACAGUGGAGUACCUAAAAAGUCCGGAAUGAAAACUGAAAAUGCCAGCUGUGAAGAGCAUGGCCCCCAGGAGAAGGUUAAUGCCACAGGACCACAGUUUGUGAGUGGAGUGAUUGUGAAGAUCCUUAGCACAGAGCCCCUGCCUGGCAGGAAACAAGUCCGGGAUACUUUGGCUGCAGUCUCGGAAGUUGUUUAUGUUGAUUUACUAGAAGGAGAUACAGAAUGCCAUGCUAGAUUUAAAACUCCUGAGGAUGCUCAAGCAGUAAUGAAUGCAUACACAGAAAUCAAGAAGAAACACUGCUGGAAACUAGAAGUCCUUUCUGGUGAUCAUGAACAGAGAUACUGGCAGAAGAUUUUGGUAGACAGACAGGCCAAACUUAAUCAACCUCGAGAGAAGAAGAGAGGCACUGAGAAGUUAAUCACCAAAGCUGAAAAGAUUAGACUGGAAAAGACUCAACAAGCAAGUCAGCACAUUAGAUUUUCUGAGUAUGACUGAAAAAAAAUUAAAAUUUACCUCUUACUAUUUUACUGGAUGCUUGUAGAAAAUCCAUUGUAUUAUGGUAGUACUGCAUAAUGAAUGUUUUUCUAAAACUUACCUUUAAUUAAAACCAUUGUUCCUC